AUGCAGUACAUGAUGUAUGCAUGCUACCUUGCAGAAUCUGCAACAAUCAAAAGAUAUUUGUCAGUUCCCAUAUACGGCUAUCGCGACAUCCUGUCUCCUUCUUUUGUUCCCCCGCUAGAAUCGAUGACUUCAGUAUUUCAACGAAUUUGCACAGCUGCACUUUCAGUUAUUUACAAUGGUAAAGGACCUUCUCGUAGUGGAUAUCAUUCCAAAAAACGCGAAAUAUUUACUCAUCCGGUGCUAGACCAUCCCGUCGGUCCUUCCAUCCUACCGUAUGGACUGCUGCUACUCUCGUCAGGCGGAAUAUUUUUGCAACAACAGCGCGAAAGAAAUUGCUUUCAUUUUUCAUUUUCUUCUCCAUGCAAUUCACUUAUUUCUUGCAUUUUCAAUCGAGGAAUUAAUAAAUGA